CGGAACAGUGGGUAGGGCGAGUUAAUCCGCGUGAUUUACCCGUUUAACCUGUCGGCAACAACACAGAGUGAGAGUGCAUACAAAGCGACAGAUACUAUUACUCCAUACUCCGAUCAUCAUUAUCCAUUUCAACGGCUCACACACGGCCUCCGCAUCCCAUAUAAUACUCCGCCUAUACACCCAAUUCAUUAAUCACCGCCGAUAAAUACACACUCACCACUAACAGUUAGAGCCAGAUAUUUUGCUCAAUUAUUAUUUAUGGCAACUGAGCUACCUGCAAAGGUCGAACCGGAAUUGGCACCGGCGAAGGUCGAGGCUCCUGUUGACGUCGCACCGGAGAAGCCUGUGGAUCCUCCAACUGUACCUGAAACAAAGGCCGAUGAUUCCAAGGCAGUCGCCGUUGCUGAAAUUUCACCAUUUCAAUCUGCUAUGUCUCUAAUGAAGAAAGAGACUCCAGUUCCUGAGGUGAAGAAAAGUUCAAAGAACUCCCUUGAUAGAGAUAUGGCAUUGGCUGGGGUUGAUAAGGAGAAGAAAUUGUCUUUCAUCAAAGCAUGGGAGGAAAGUGAAAAGUCAAAGGUGGAAAACAAAUCACAGAAGGAGCUAUCCGCUAUAACUUCAUGGGAAAACACAAAGAAAGCAGAUGUAGAAGCUAAGUUGAAACAAAUCGAGGAGAAAUUUGACAAGAAGAAAGCAGAAUAUGCAGAAAAGAUGAAAAACAAAGUGGGUUUAAUUCACAAACAAGCCGAAGAAAAAAGAGCAAUGGUUGAAGCAAAGAAAAGUGAAGAUCACUUGAAAACAGAGGAGUUGGCUGCCAAAUAUCGUGCUACUGGCACAGUUCCAAAAAAGGCCCUUGGUUGUUUUGGAGGCUAAAAAACUAUUUCCCUAAAACCUACAACUUUGUAAGUUGAUGUUUUAUUUAUCAUUGUUUGUUUGUUGUGUUGUAUAGGAAGAACAUAGCUCUGUAAUUUGUGAACGAAUUGCAU